CUUUUUUUUUUUUACUUAGUGGACAUAACAUGUAUGAUUUUUCAUUCUUGGGCUUGGGCCGGGUUUUAUCCAAUUUACUAAUACUAUAAUGUUUUGAUAGAAUUAUAUAACAUAUCUUUUUAUUAUACAGAUAUAUCAUAUAUGAUAUAGUAAAUCUUUUUAUACUUUAAAUGGUUAUUUGUUUUGUUACAUUAUCGAUUUUGUUUAAGUGUUUCCAUGUCCAUACACUUGUUUCUGGAUUAGUUUUUCCAGUUGUUCAAGUAAAACAAAUAAAGAAAAAUAAGCUAAGCAAGAUUUUCUUAAUUUGUCAAGUCAAGGAAAUCUGGUUUAUAUGAAUAUUUACCUGUAUAUAUUUACAGAAAAAAAUAUUUUGUUCCCAUAUAAUGAUUAUAAUAUACAUUUUAUUAUCAUUUGAUAUGUGUAAUUAGAUACGUUUUGAUAUAUGUUACUCUUUGUGCCAUUAUCUUUUUUUUUUAACAUAUGGUAAUUGUUCUUCAGUAAAAAAAGGUAAUUAUUUUGGCAUAUAAUAAACAAAAUAAAAGUUAAUUUAAAUAAAUAUAAAUUAUUUCAAUUUUAGUUAUUAUAAAAUUAAUAUAAAUAUCUUAAAACCUUAUAUUUUAAAUGACUGAUUGCUUUUUCUAAUGAUUAAAAUAUAAUUAAAUAAUUAUUUGUCGAAAAUAUUUCUUUUAAAACUCAAAGACAAGUUAAUAAAAAGGCAAAGCAAAGGUAAGAGUGGUUAAAACACUAUCAUCACAAACCAAAUAUGUAGAGCCUUUCAAAACCAUAUAAAUAUAUAACUCAAGAUGAUCAUUGGCUUAUUCACAGACAACCAUCUUCAACUGCGAAUCUUGUUUUUAGUCCUCUCGCUAAAUCAUCACAUUUUCAUCAUGGAUUCAGGAACAAAACCAAAUCUUAUUUCGAAUUUACCUGAUUGCCUUCUGGUUUUAAUCAUAUCUUUCUUACCUUUCAAACAAUCUGUACAAACAAGUGUUCUUGCUAAGCGAUGGAAGAAUCUUUGUCGUGAAACAACAAACCUCGUAUUCAAAGAGUCUGAGUUCGGCCUGAACCAAUUUGUUGUUGAUACAGAGGCCAAAAAUUCUGAGACGAGAGCUUUGUUUGUUAGCAUUAUGCAUCAAUGGAUCUCGAGAUUUACUGGUAACACCAUGGAAACAUUUGAACUUUGUCUACCUGAACCAGUGGGUUUUGAGGAAGAUAUCAUGUCUCUAAUCGAGUUUGCUGCUACCAAACAAACCAAAAAUCUAGUUAUUAAUUUCUCAAGCUCUAAUUCGAGACAACCUCCAGGUGCUCUGCAUAUAAAGUUGAUAUAUUUUCAAAAGACUGGAUUGGAUAUCACUCGUCUAUUUUCCAAUCUUAUAUAUGUUAGGAACUUGACUAUCUGCCCUUUUCUUCUUGAGAUGAUCCAAGAUUGUGACGAUCCUAUGAAAUUGCACGAUCCGAUGAAAACACGACAUUUGGUGAUUAAGACACAUAUGUACCCACAUGAGUUCGGAGGAAUAACUAUAUUUCUCAAUAGCUGUCCGGAACUCGAAUCUCUCACGUUCGAAACGUAUACUACUGGGCCUAUCGUGAUGUCGCAGAGAUAUUGGCCGCUAAUACAUCCAAAAACGUUUUGGCUCAACAACAAAACGUAUGAGUGUUUGGAAAGGACACUUAAGGCUGUGAAAGUUGAAAACUUUUGUGGCAUCUCGAACGAGUUGCAUGUGCUGCAGUACCUGAUCCGAACCGGACGUGUGAUGGAACGGCUUGACCUUCAUGCGGCAAAGAGAUUGAACAAUGAGCAAAGGAGGUUGGUACUGACUGCAGCCGAGGAGUUUCAGAAGAAUGUCGAAAGAGGUUCGAGGCAUUUGAGAGUUACUCUACACAAUGCUUGAACUUGAUCAAUGAAGCAUUUUCUUAAUCUUCUAGUGGAAACUGUAACUUGAUCUUUGCUAGUAAUAUUUUCUUAAUUUAAUAUUAAGGGUGGAUGUUCCCCUUGUUUGUUUGGUUUGAGACUUAAUUGUUGUGUUUCGUUUCGUUUGGUUUGAUUUUAAGAACAUUAAUAUUUCUUGUCUUGUUCAUUGCCUUGGAAACCUUCUCCUUGUGUAGCUGCCGUUCCAUAUUAUCCUGUCGAGGAAAAUGGAGACCAUGGAGCUCCACUUUGCUGAGAAGACGCACCAUCUAAAACCAUGUAGCUCCACUCUUUAAACCAUGAUUUUAAGACAGUAGUUUGGCGAUUGACUCACUUAAUCCCAUUGCCUAAGUGGGCUUGGCUUCGAAGCCUGCAAAGUGAGGUCGACGGUGUAGUAUAAAAUUUGGCAGCAAGAGAUGAAUGGCCUAACAAGGGAGAGGCGAGUGAAUGCCAUCUAUUUUUCCCCAUAAUAAAAACAGUUAUUACUUCUUUUUAUAAAAUAUGAAAAAGGGAUAAAGGCAAAUAGUACUGAGAGAAGAUAAGAGGUAAUGGGUCAAUCUACAUAUAUCUAUGUUUUUGUUACUAUUACAACCAUACUGCGCUUAUACACAUUACCAUUCAGAACAUAAAAGUGGUAGCGGGAGAAGAUACCCCAAAUCUUUGUCUAAACAAGACAUCCUUUUGUAGUGAUGACUGAUGAGACAUCCAAACCCACUUCAUUAAUUAGUUAAUUUUUAAUUUAAUAAACAAAUUAAAAAUAUAUUAUUGAAAAUCUAUUUCCCUUGCUUACCUUUUAUUUCUUUUGUAUUUUUUGCACUGUGUUGAUAACUCUUUGAAUUGAUCUCGAAUUUCACAUUGCCACUAAUUUCUUUCUCACACACUGAUAGAAAAAUUUAAUGAUCCACCCAAUACUCAUAUUGACUCAAUCACUUUGUAAAAUUUGUGUAAGUACAUUCAAAACUUGACUCGCUGUUGUUUCUAUUUUCGUAGAUGCAAGCUUUGAUUAAACCCUGCAAACAUGUUGUGUUUGAUUCUAGUUGGACCAGUCGGAUUGAAUAUAACCAUCUAACAUUUUACUGUCCAAAAACAUAUACUGUAUUUGAAACGUUCCGUACCAUUUUAAGGAAUUAUAAUCAUUUAGUUUGAAUGGAGAGAUUAAAAUCUCAAUUUUUGUUUUGUAAUAAUACUACAUACAUUCAAAAUCUACCAUACUAAUCAUAAAGCAGAGGGCAUAAAUCUCUACCGAUAACUGCCUAGAAGCAUAUCGAAUUUUUCGACAUCAAUCAAUAUAUGUGUUUAAUAUAAUAUAGCUGUCUCUCUAAAAAAAAUCAUUUAAAAAUAAUUUUAGUCCAACAUUCUUCCCUUUUUAUACUACAAUUUAAUUGGUUUUCAGAGUCUCGUUGACAAAAAAAAAUGGUGUUCAGAGUCUAAAUGUUUGUAGCUAAUUCAGAUAACCCUUUUCAUCUUUUAGGUAAGGCUAAGGUUUAUGUUUAGGUUGCUUUUUGCAUAUUUUAGCUUGGAAGAAUAUUUUCACUAAAAUGCAAGAUUAAUUUAUACAUGUAAUCGUUUAUAAAUGUAUCAAAAGGUUUUAAAGAUACAUUUUUUACAAUUCUUAGAACAUUAUGCUUUACUUUUCAGUUUCUAAAUAAUGUUAAUAAAAAUGAAAGGUAAAAAUUCAAUAAAUAUUUCAAGGACAAGGGUAGCGAUGUUAGGUAGAAGUUGAAAUCUUACAACACAUGAAGAAAAAAAUGAAAGGAAGCUCCAACUUUAUUGAAUAUGUUGGCAUAGUUUUGCUCAUUCGCUUCCUCUGUCAAAAUCCCGACAUUUACUUGUUCAAGUAAACGUACGUACGAUCCAACGGCCAGUCCAUAAUAUACAUUAUACCUACGUGCAUGACUGUUUUUUAAUGAACCAACCAAAAACAAAAGUAAAUUUUGAGCAUAGGAAACAUAAGAUUCUGAGCCAUAGUGAAUCGUUUGUCCACGGAUUUGGACAACAUAAAAUACAUAUCUCGUGAUUUUCAUCUUUCUUCUCUAAUAUUUGUACCAUAUAUGAUGAUUACCUUUACUGUAUUACGACAAUAUGAAAACCAAAAUCCCAAUGCAACAAAUAAAUUUCAACAUCCAAAAUAAAUCUUUGUUAUAUAUAAUAUGGUUGUUAAAAGGAAACAAACUGUGUCGCUUAUAUAGAAAAACCUAAAUAACAACGUAAUUCUGCUUGUGUAGGGAUCGAUCAGAUCAUAUCCUAUCAUUUUAUUUCUAAAAAAUAUAUGCUUAAUGUAGAAGCUAAAUUAUUUUUAAAAUAUAUGCAUUAAAUUUGUUUCAUUACCUAAGUAUAAAUAAUAUGUAAUACCGUCAUCUAGGUUAAAUUCACACUGAAUAUAUCUUGAUGCUCUAAUGGA